AUGGAAGGAAGUCAGCAAAAGGUGGAGGCUAAUUUCUUACUGCUUGGAGCUGAAAGCGUCGGUAAAUCUGGUGAGCACAAUUUAAAUAAUCCUUGAACUUUAAUUGCACUUUUAUUCAUGACAUUGACAGUAUUUGGGCACCAUGAAGAGCAUAUUUUUGUGAUCAUUGAAAGUAGACGAGUUAUGAUGGCCAACUGCAACGUAGAAUGUCUUUCCUGGUGUAGGCCUAAUAUAUUUACUGAUCAACUCAUUAAUUGCGCUAUUUUCUGCCCUCAGCUCUCACGGUGCGGUUUCUCACUAGAAGGUUUAUCGGCGAAUACGGCGAUAUUGGUAAGUAUUGGUCUUUUGACUUGAACCAUUGGUAAUGAUAUAAUUGCAUUCAUAUCAAAAGGUUACAGUAGAUCAAACCAAAUAUCUAAAUGAUCCGUUAUUUUUGCCUUUACAGAAUCCAUCUACAGUCAUACUGACAGAAUAGACGGGCGGGAGAUCUGCUUCAAUAUCUGGGACUCACUUUGCCCCCAGGUGAGGCAAAACAUCGUAUCAUGAUAAUAACGUCAUAAUGGUAACAACAAAGACUUUGACUAGUGGAUACUCAAACAGGCAGAGCAUUCUGGAGUUUUUCUAUUAAACAAGGAGGUUAAACGGUUUACUAAAUUUAAUGUAUUAUGUCUUCAUUUGUUUUAGAAUGAUGAGGGUGCAGGACACAUCAGCGACAGACAACUCCAGUGGGCGGACGGUUUCAUCCUGGUUUACAGCAUAUGUGACCGUGCCAGCUUCAACGUGGUGCGACAACAGGUGAAGCGCAUCCGGCAAGCCAAAAGCAAAUUCUCCGGCGCACCUCCCAUCGUCAUCGUGGGGAAUAAACGCGACCUCCAGCAUCGCCGCACGGUCUCCAGCGAGGAAGGACGCCUCCUCACUCUUUCCACAAACUGUGGCUUCUUCGAGAUUUCUGCAGCGGAGACCUACCACGGGGUACAGCUGGUAUUUCACGAACUGCUCGACCUUAUCCGAGAAGCAAGGGCGCUCAAGAAGGGGGCAGCUGGGAUUAAGGGUAUCGUGAGAAGCAUGUCCGCCGUUUUCGGGAGGAAGAGAACGGAGUAG